AUGACGGUGACCUUGUUGAUCGUAGAAUUUGCAGACUUAAAGGACAAGGGGACUGUCAUUGUUGGAACGUUUGGAGACAAGUACCGAGCAUCAGAUAUGAAAGCAGACUCUUUUGCAGCAUAUACUAUCAUCGGCAUUGGUCUCUUGAGGAAGGGAUCUGUAAUUAUGGCCGACAAUACUGUGAUGCCAGAUAGUCCAGAAUACCUAACGUUCGUGCGGGCUCAUCCCAAGUUUGAGAAUCGCACGAUCUGGGGCGAGUUGGAGUAUAUGACUGCUCUGAAAGAUGCACUUGAAGUAUCUACGUACUAG